UGUAUUGUUCACAGAGAGGCUCAGACGAGCUUCUUUCGCAGAGUGGCGUCACCGUCAUGGCGCCCGCCGCUCCGCACCACGCCGACAAUAACAAUCAAGACUCAGCUGCGAAAAAGGUGAAACUUGAACAGAAUGUUGGCAAACCGUCGCGAGUCAUCCACAUACGGAACAUACCCAACGAGACGACAGAAGCCGAGAUCAUACAACUGGGUCUACCCUUCGGCAGGGUCACUAAUGUACUCGUGCUUAAAGGCAAAAACCAGGCAUUCCUCGAAAUGGCGGAGGAGAUAUCAGCUGUGGCGAUGGUGGCGUACUUCGGUGGCUGCGUGGCGCAGCUUCGCGGCCGAGCCGUCUACGUGCAAUUCUCCAACCACAAGGAACUUAAGACCGACCAAACACACAGCAAUGCCUCAGCAUCGGCGCAGGCGGCGUUACAAGCAGCUCAGGCCAUCUCUAACAGCGCUGGUGCAGCCCUUGUAGCUGGCGCGGGUGCAGCUCUACAGCCCGCUAAUGGAGGCACAGAAAUCCAGGGUGGUCCCAACACAGUUCUGCGCGUGAUAAUAGAACACAUGCUGUACCCGAUCGUGCUCGACGUACUCUACUCAAUCUUCCAGCGGUACGGCAAGGUGCUGAAGAUCGUCACGUUCACUAAAAAUAAUUCAUUCCAAGCGCUCAUUCAGUAUCCAGACACGGUAUCGGCGCAAACGGCAAAAACGGCUUUAGAUGGGCAGAAUAUUUACAACGGGUGCUGCACAUUGCGCAUCGACUACUCGAAGAUGACGUGCCUCAACGUGAAGUAUAACAACGACAAGUCCCGGGACUACACGAACCCGACGCUGCCCUCCGGCGACGGCGACGCGCACCAGCUGUUGACCAGUGGUGGAGUGCUGGCGCCUCAGUUCCUGGGGCUGGGCUCCGGACUGGCGUCGCCGUACGGAGUGGGCGUGGGCGGCGUGGGGCUGCCUGCGUUCGGCGCGCUGACGCUGACGCCCGCGUCGCCUGCACUGCGCGCUCUCGCCGCGCCGCCGCUGCCGCUCGCCACUGUGCUGCUCGUCUCAAACCUCAACGAGGAGAUGGUCACGCCUGACGCUCUCUUUACCCUUUUCGGCGUGUACGGGGAUGUGCAACGGGUGAAGAUUCUCUACAACAAGAAAGAUUCAGCCCUCAUUCAGAUGGCCGAACCUCACCAGGCCCAUCUAGCCAUGACCCACAUGGACAAACUUCGCGUAUUCGGCAAGGCGAUGCGCGUGAUGCUGAGCAAGCACCAGACUGUGCAGCUGCCCAAGGAAGGACAGCCAGACGCUGGUCUCACCAGGGACUACUCCCAGAGCCCGCUGCAUAGAUUCAAGAAGCCUGGCAGCAAAAACUACCAGAACAUCUACCCACCAAGCGCAACUCUGCACCUGUCCAACAUUCCAGCUACGGUGUCUGAAGAUGAUAUCAAGGAAGCCUUCACCAAGCGAGGAUUCACGAUUAAGGCGUUCAAGUUCUUCCCUAAGGAUCGCAAAAUGGCGUUGGUCCAGCUGCCGUCGAUCGACGACGCGGUGGCGGCGCUGAUCAAGAUGCACAACUACCAGCUGUCGGAGUCCAACCACCUGCGGGUCUCGUUCUCCAAGUCCAGCAUCUAAGCCGCGGCCGGAAUAUCACACAACUAGCCGUUACAUCGUACCUCUCACACAAAUCGAGAAUUUCCCUCGACUGAAAUUAAAAUAUAUCUGUAUUACGCUUACACGGAUCACUAGAGAUAAGUGCUAUUCUAUUUUCUUAAUAAAUACGUACGUUUACUGUUACUGUACAUCUAAUCUAAGAUACUAUCAUCACAGUCAAACGCUGCUUGUACUUUCCAUACGAUCCCGAACGGACCGGGUCGACGUAGAGAGGAAUUAUAUUUUGUGUGAUAUUCAUUCCAUAUUUUAAAUAAGUAUAUCAAUUAUUUUAUUUUUGUAAUUCGUAAUGUUUCCCGGUGGUUACAAUAUAUGAUUUGGUUAUGAUACAUUAUUAUCCGGACGGUAUGUGUUGCAAUUAGAUUGCGCUAGUUACGUUGAGGGCCGCAGUGUCAGACACUGCCCGCCGCCCGCCAGCUCGCGGAGCUCGCGGCGCGACCUACAUACAUACAUACACCUUGUUCAUCACAUUAUAUAGCACAUUGUUAGACUAUCUGUCGGUCACAUCAUUCGCAGUUAUUAUUCUUAAAUUGUAUUUUAUACAUAAUAUAUUUUAUUGUCUAUUUUAAUAUGCACAAUUUACUAUUAUUGCAUUUCUUCGUAAGUUACUAUAGUUUUGUACGCAUACACAUUUUUUUCUUAUUUUAUUGAUGGAAUGUUAUGUUUAGAAAUGUGUAUGUGUGUGCAAUAUUAGUUGUAGAGAUAAUUUUAAUAAUAUAUUUUAGAUGUAACCGUUCCCCGGCACCGGGCCGGUGUCCUUGCUUCCAUUCUUGUUUCGUUACGAGGAUAUUGUCUGUUCUACACUUGAUUCAUAGUUAUUGACGAUUAGUUAGUGUAAUCACAACUCUUAUCGCUAAGCAUCUAGUUGUAUAUCACUAUUUAAACGUUAUGUUCAGUGACAUAAUAGUGACAUGAUGCAUUUAUUUCGAUGUUAAUUUAUAUUAAUGGUAGCUACAACAUAUAUAAAUGCUCGUGCAUACGUUUCACUGAGUGGUUAAUUUUAGAUAAUUAUUUAUUGUGAGCGGUAGGGGGCGCUGGGCGGUGUGGCCACUGUCGCGAACAUAUUUAGAAUAAUUUCCAGUGCUGCUUUGAUAUUGCCACACUGCAGCGGAGUUGCGGCGACGGUCUAUUAAGUAUUAGCCAGAUCUGAGUUUGCUCUACGACAUAUUUAAUCAACAGUAUUUACACUAGGUCACAAUAACUUGAUGAAACAGUAUUUUAGUUAAUGAACCUGAACUGUCCUUCUCGAUACUUCGUUUUGUAUAUAGACACACUCCGACUUCGAUGUGUUCGCUUCUCACACUUCGGACUUCGCUAAACUCUCGAUUGGAUUUCACACAUCUUUGCCUUCUUAAAUUAAUUAAAAAAAUAUGUCUAGUCCAAUGCAAAAGAGAUUAAGUUUGUGAAUUAAGUGAUUACGUUAUCAAAAUCUUAUGAAUUCGUCUCAAAUGUUUAAAGUCUGGUAGGGAAGCUUUUGUAAAAAGAUUGUAUAUGGUUACGAAUUUGUUGGUAGAGAGAUGCCCGCGGCCCGCGAGAGCCAUGCUACCGUUAGGACCAGUUUAAGUGUUCAGUUACACGUCCAGAUUAUGUGAUUAGGCAAAGCAUGCGUGAAACAGAUACCUGAAUAUGACGAGUAGGAGCAUACUGAUGCCAUCCGCGGGAGCCGGCUGGCAUGUUUAUUAAUAUUGUAAGUGUCAGUACUAUUGUAUCAACCAACGCAUUACAUAUCUCGACGAUGCCACGGUCGGUAAUCAAUUAGGAUAGCAAAGGGAAUGUAUAUUGUAGGAUAAUAGAGGUAUCGGUUCGUGCGAGUGUACACGCACACGCGUACACACGCACACACGUACACACGUACAGGCAGACGGACACAGAGCGGCGCAGGCGCAGGCUGCGCACGUACCACGCUACCACAUCAGGCAAGCGUCACUAUUCCAUUACUUUCAACAUAUCCCAGUGUCGGCAAACACACGGCAAAUUAAUAAAAAUAAACUUUUAUUUUAGAAAACAUUUGUGAAAUUAUAAAAGUCACACAUAUUUACACUAUUAUGAAAUGUAUAAUAAAUAUAUCACGUAACAUACAUAAGAUAUAGAGCUUAGUAAGAUGAUUAAACUGAAAAAAAUAUUAGAAUGUCAUUACGAUGUAAGAAUUAAUAGAAAAAUUUAAUCAUACAAUUGUAUUAAUCAGUACCUACCUAUAAUAAGAACGUAAAAGUAGUUAUUUGGUUUAGAUAAUGUUAGGUGACCAGGGUGUGGUGAUAUUUUGCACGUUUUUGAAAAUGUUUUUCUAUACGGCGCAGGAUUCUGUGCCUGUGUUUUGAAAUGGUGAGGAGUGGUGGUCGAGUGACGUGAGAGCGGCGGUAAUCGCAUUUGUAAUUUUAAUAAUAAUUGUAUUAUGAUUACUAUGUAUUUAAAUUAAAUGAAAGAUGAAUCACAAAGAGGAGAUUACAUAUCCAGUGUACUCAGCGUAGAACGCUACACACAUGCCGCGUUUGGUUGACGUUUACUCAAUGGUUUGCAUAGUAUGUAUUCGUAACUCGUAACUCGUAUAGUGAAUAGACUACAGUCGCUUGUGCUCAAUACAUUCGUAGACUCGCUCCGUUACUAUGUACUACUGUGUGUGUAGCGUUUUCAGGCCUAAACUUUUCUCAAUAACAUUGGUAUUGACUAAUAGAUAAUUAUAGGAAUUUAUGUGUUUAGAAAAGUAUUUUAAAUAUCUAGAUUUUAAUGGUAAUAUUAUUAAAAAUAAAUAGAUCAGUGUUUAGGAUGAGAUGCCAAAUUUAAAGUCAAUACAGAUUAUUUUAGGUAAAAGGUAAUUGAAGUAAAGUAAUCUUAACAUUUAUUGAAAAGUUGAUGAAAAUGUUACAGUUAAAUUAUAUUUGAGAGUUUUAUUAAGCGCAAUAUAUGCAAUUUUAUUCAUUGUAAGUGAACAUUGUUUCAAUUUGUUAGUUAAAGUUAUGCGUUGAAAAAUGAUGUGAAAGUUGUUUUCGGAUGUGUUGAUAGAUAUCCCGCGACGGCGGACUGUCACAUGCUUGUUCUCUGCGUUAGCGCACCUUCCUAUGUCUCUCUUAGUUCCAUACAUAUCUCCGCAUAUCACACUGAAUAUGCUUAUAUUUUAUUGCGCUUUAUAAUAUUUAUCUCUACUACAUACAUAUAUUAGCUGUAUUUAGUACUUCGUAACGAUAUGAAUAAAGGCCGACAUAUCAGUAAAUAGAACUAUGGCUAAGGCGCAUAUAUUAAUAACCUGUCUCGCUCCUCAAUGUUCUGUCUAGAUGUCUACUUCCUUCAGCUCGGCGGCGACCGCGAGAUGUUUCAUUGUAAGUUCACGUGUCGUCGUCAGUUCUUUAUUUUUAAUUUUAAGCCUUUUGUGUGGUUAAUUUCACUCUUUAUUUUUAAUUUCAUAAUUAAACUAUUAUUAUCAUUGAUACUUUUUGUUCUUUAUUUUCGAUCCUUUCCCUUUCUACCUGAAUCCCUUUUUUUAUUUUAUAUUUCCAUACCAAUUGUCUACACGAUACGGCAGCGGUGCGGAGUAACAGCAGCGUCACGUUUCCUUAGGACUCACACACUGCCACAUUCAGUUACGUUUUUCAUCAAUACAUCUAUAGAUAUAAUUUCAUCCCUUUAUUUCAGACCACCCGAACAAGUUUCGAGAAAGUAUUUGUAAAUAAACUUAUAAAUGAUAAAGGGGAUCAAUAUAAUGAGAUGAUGUACAUUAGUACACAAUUGGUAUUCUAGACAUAUUCGUACUUAGAACUUAAUUAUUACUAUCCUGGCGAAAUCUACACUCGACUACAUUUUAAAGUAUAUCUAUUACGCUUUGAUGUAUUUAUAUAACUUGUGAAUAAACAUUCUCUACCUUUCCCACCGGGCCCUCGGACCCGAGAAGAAAAUAUUUAGGCGAAAUAAAUCACGUUGUUUAAUUGAAUUGUAAAGGGAGUAAGGGACUUAAAUAUUGCCAAUGAUAAUUAUGUUUUAUAUAAUAUUAUCAAGUGGAAUAUUGUAUUUCGCACAGGGUAUAAUGUGAAUAAAAUUAUAGCGCUGCCCGUGGCAUUUGAUCGUCCGAGGCGGUUAUUUUGUGUCCGUGCCACGUCCCUUAUUCCUACUGUGUGGAAAGAACUGAACCAUUCCGUAAUGAAACGUUGAAUUAGCGAAAUUAUUGUGCGACUGCCACUCGAUGACACUCGUAGCGAGACCCGACCGACUACAGCUGUGUACAGACUCCGAAUUGUAUGUAUUUAGAUUGAAUCGUUUCGAGCGCAUCCUGAGCGAGAGCUGGCAGUUGCACUCAUGUUAAAUUAAUCUGAAAUUGUAAAUAUUAUACACGACUUUGUUAAUAAUUACAAAUUAAAUUAAUAGGAUCUAUAGUAAAGAUUAAAAUAAUCAUUUACUUUAAGAUUUACUAGUUAAAUAUCCUAUCUUAAUUUCAGUAGUCGCUCUAGUUAAUUAUAUACCUACCUAACUUAUGGGAACCCUUCGUAGGAGAUAUUGUCUACUGUUACUACCUCCCUUGGUUUCUUCAUUUAAUGUUUUUGUUGUUUCAUUAAAAGAAUUAAAUAAAGGUGUGCAAAUUAAAGGGUUGUGUGUAAAGUUAAAAUAGUUAAAUAGAUGUAAACAAUGGUUCAACGUAAAGUUUAUCUCAUCAGUUUAUCGGGAAGCACAUCUAGUUUCGUUUACUAUCGUAGUAAGACUUGCUGAAACAAUUUGAACAUGUCAAUAUUAAUUAGUCUUAAUUCAAUAUGCCAAAGACCAAUCGUUGGGAAAAAUAACAGGGAUAUAAUAAUAUUUUUCCUUUCAACUUAACUAAUGUUUUAUCUCUAAUAAAGACACGUCUAAAAUCAAAUGGCAAGCUUUAACGAGCUAUAUUUCACUAUGAGACAUAUUUUGAAGAUGGUUUGUGGAAAUUACUUUUAUGAUACACGCACGGUUCACCUGAGAGGCCGUGCGUUUACUAAACUACAUUAUGUAAAACAGUUAUAUGAAUUAUAAAUAUAUACAACAAUAUUAAUAUCUAAGUGACUACCCUAUUGAAUUCUAGAUUUAUUCUUUGUGAUUUUAUAAUAAAAUAUAGUUGAAAAUGGAGUUUUUAUUUUAUUUUAACCUUUAAGGUCCU